AGUCCGCACCACUGCUGCAUCGCCAUUUCUCCGUCCCAAAACCCUAGGCUAGUCCCCCCCUCGGCACCUGAUCGAUCGGAAGGCCAUGGCGACGGCGAGGCUCCGAUCCGCGGCCUCCCUCCGCGGGGCUAUCCUCCGCCACUUCUCCGUGGGUCCCGCCUCGACGGCGCACGCCGUCUCCCGGGUCCCAGAUUUCCAUGUUCAUCAGUCUAUUAUGUGGAGGCAUUUCUCAACGUCUAGGCCUAAUUCUCUUGCAAGGCAUGACAACUUUGGUCUGGUUGCCUGCUUGCACACUCAGAUAAGAUGGGCUUCGCAGGCUGCUGCUGUGAAAGAAACUGAAGCCAGUGGUAGCAAGAUAAGCAUUGGACCCAAACCCAAACAGAUCAAGGAGGAUGACGAAGAUGCUAACCUGGUAUAUCAAGGGCCAAUAUCAUCAACCAUAAAGAAAGUGAAGCUUCUCUCUCUGUCCACCUGCUGCCUCUCUGUGUCACUAGGGCCAGUGAUAACAUUCAUGACUUCACCUGACAUGAAUGUGAUCCUCAAGGGAGCGGUUGCAUCCACCGUCAUUUUCCUCAGUGCCACUACAACUGCAGCCUUGCAUUGGUUCGUGAGCCCAUACAUUCACAAGCUCCGGUGGCGUCCUGGUUCAGAUAGCUUUGAGGCUGAGGUGCUGACAUGGCUAGCUACUCCCCUCAAAAGGACUGUCAAGUUUGCCGAUGUCAGGCCUCCCGAAACAAACAGGCCUUUUGUCACCUUUAAGGCUGAGGGGAACUUCUACUUUGUCGAUGCUGAACACUUCUCAAACAAGGCCUUGUUGGCUAGGCUAACACCCCAGAAGCUUCCCCAUGAGUCUGCGUUCAAGAACUUGUGAUUGGAAGUUGUUCCACUUGCCCAUGCCUUCACUUUUGGUCGUGAGCCUUCGUAGGCCGUUUGAAAACAUCUCUGUGAUAAUUCUUCCUGCUAAUACUUUCCUGAAGACGUGUUACUAUAUAUUUGUAAUGUUGCUUACAUUCUAUAUGUGGAGAUUUGCUAGCUGUUCUAGCAGUUUAGUUUAGGAAACACUAUGAGUUCUGGUGUUGACAGUUGGGUCUGCACUUUGAAUAAGUAGGUGGUAAGAUAUCUGCCUGGGAUCUUUAAAUGUCUUUUUAUAUCUGAAAUUGUCAUACUUCGCCUUGCUGCCGGCAAUGGCUUGAAAUCUGAUUGCUCAAAUGUAAGCUGGUGCUCCUGUGUUGCCUUGGGGCAGCAUGAUAACUAUUUGCGUUGGGGGCAUGAUAACAUUAGAGUCGUUGUA